AUGGCCAAUCGACCGAAUUACCUCGACCUUCGAUCGCAAUCUCAUGGGCCAAUCGGUACCGGUCUCCCAUCCCCAAGAAGCCUCCCAUCGCCUCGUUUGCAUAUUGCGGGGGAUGUACCUCCUGAAUUAUCACCCCUCGAUGCCUUUGCUGCCCAAAGCAGGCGCCUGGCGAAGGAGCUGGAGAGAGGCAUGAAUGGGGAAAAGCGUAUGAGCAGAUUGCCCCCUCUUACUAUCGCAAGCUCCCUGGGCCAAAGCAGACCCACGUAUUUUCGUUCCGCAUCGGCAGAAGCAGCGUCUGGGACUCCUACCUCGCCAACGAACAGCCCUGGAAUAGGGGUGAAGACCGAAGUCGAGGCUUCAGCAAAUCGCCCCGUAUCCGUAUACCCCGUCGUCAGUGAAGCGCAACCAUCUCUACCUCAAGAACCGUCGCCCCGGUUUAAUCUACACGAUGAAGAGCAGUUCCGAGGAAGAAGUCCAGCCAGUCAGCCCGGAGGUCCGGGGUAUUUUGGGGUGCGAAGAGAACAGUCACCAUCAACUCUGGAGCGAGAACAAAAACCUAUCAGGACAGAAUAUUCUCCGUCUGCCAAGAUACAACCUAGACCAAGCGCUGAAUCGAUGCGCCAGCGCCUGCAGCAACCCCGGAGGCUUAACGAUGUAUCUUUGGGAAUGGGGAGUUAUGAUUCCAGAGCUUUGGCUCCACCACGUUCCCCUUUUGCACAGAGAGCUCCAAGUCCUAGGUCAAUGUCUAUGGACAGUUCCGAUGAGGAUUGCAAUACCUCCAACCCGCCUUAUACCCUAUCCCCCCACCGGAAGCUAUCGUCCAGUAGUGGACUAUCAACCUCUCCUAUAUCACCUACGAUACAACCAAUCCACAGAUCUCCAUCAAUCUCUUCUGAAAUAUCUGUUGGUGGGACACGUUUACCACGGCCAGCGUUCAAUUUUUCUCGGCCUUUAAGCAGGGCAAGUGUGAAUGGAAUACCGGCCGAGGUGCCAUCACGACAAGCAUCAUCUGAUAGCCAACCUUCUUUUGUUCUCGCCGACGACACUGCGCAUACGCCAGUCAGCAUGUAUAGUGAAGGAUUCCCGGAGAACAACAGCGAAAGUGGAGCGGCCCCUUCUUAUGUAUAUUCAAGAUUCUCGUUGCCCAGGGGAAAAAUGCUCCAAAGAAACUCGUUGAUCUUCCAGGAGAGUUUACCACAGGCACAAUUUUCGUGGGAGCAGCCUGUCCCUUUCAGCAAUGUCCAAGCUUUUCAUGGCGGUGCUCCGCCUUCACCUCCUUCGAGACCUUCAACUUCCUCUUUGAGGCCCGACCCUAUGCGACCGUCCCUAGAUCCCGGUAGACCCUCAAUAGAUCCAGCCAGACCAUCUCUUGAUGCAGUAAGGUCAUCUACUGAAAGAGGGAGAGCCGCAGAAAGAUCCUUUGCUUCUAAUAAUCGUGCUCAUUCUCCAUCUAUAUCUUCAUCAGGAACAAUCAAGGCAAAAUCACAGCAUUCUCUCGCGCCAUCUGCAGAAGCUUCUGGUGAGGAAAACGUUGCCAAAGCAAUAGAGUAUCACGAGGCUGGUGCUCUGACCAAAUCAACCUAUCACCUCCGCCUAGCUGCCCGACAGAACCAUCCUACGGGAAUGCUUCUCUACGCUUUGGCUUGCAGACAUGGAUGGGGCAUGCGGCCGAAUCAGCGUGAAGGGGUUAUUUGGCUGCGCAAAGCAGCUGAUUCCGCAAGCUUGGAAAUAGCUGAUGAUGAAGAUUUGCUUAAGGGUGGAAAAACCGUUGAUAUCUUGGAGAUCAAGACUCGGAAGGCUCAAUUUGCAUUGAGUAUUUACGAAUUGGGCGUCAGUCACAUGAACGGGUGGGGCAUAGAACAGGACAAGGCGCUUGCUUUGCGAUGCUUUGAGAUUGCUGGUUCUUGGGGAGAUGCCGAUGCUCUAGCUGAAGCAGGAUUCUGCUAUGCGCAGGCCAUAGGCUGCAAGAAGGACCUCAAGAAAAGCGCUCGGUUCUAUCGCCAGGCAGAAAGCAAAGGCAUCAGCAUGGUUGGCAAUAGUUGGAUAUACAAAGCAAAAUACAACGAUGGCGACGACCCCAAAAUUUCUUCGGAAUCACACAGCCGCCCAUCACUUGAAAAAGACAAGGACAAAAAACCUCGCAACAAGUCACGGUCGAGAAACAUGUUCGGCCGCAUGAAGUCAGCAUCUUAG